CUUCUAGAAUACCAAUGAACACAUCUUCUCGUCAACUGUUCGAACCAUCUAUAUGCUCUUUUUCACUCUUUGACGUUUAACGGUCUUCAAGGAUUUUCUACUCUUCGGGGCUACACCCACUCCCAAUAGAAAACAUGUCCUCUCCAACGGUUGACGGUCCUUCUCGCCGCAGUCUUUCUAGAUCAGCUCACCCGCUGGUCUCACAGUUCGGCGGUCCUAGCCCCCAGGACCCCGCUGGUCGUGGGGCACACGAUCAUUACUCUGACAUGUUUCCCAACUUUGGUCAACGCAUUGAAGAAGACGAAUCUGACAAAGAUCCAACGUACAUAUCAAGUGAUGAAGACACCCCUGGAUCUUUGAACGGCCAUGAUGGCUCCAAUUACGGUUCACUUACAGAAACCAGACGCGUAUCGGCCACUAGCAAAACCCGAGGGUACCCAGAAGACUCGUCCUCCCCUCCCCAGCAACGCCCCAAUAGGUUCCACCGUCCCGCAAAGACGUGGCUAAAACUAACAAGAGAAGAUCGAAGGAUAGUUGGAGAAUUAGAGGAGGCCUACGCGGGAGACUUAGCAGCCCAACUAUACCACGCCCAUAUCAUUCAGCUCGAGAAAAGGGCAAGCGUGGGAGCCACUGAUGAAAUCCAGCCAAAGAAGGACAAACCAACCGAUGCUGCGUCAGAAGAGUAUGAAUCCGACGCAUCCAGAUCUCUUGACAGCAUAGAAGAAUGGGCCGCGUGGCCAAUGCCCGGCGAUGAAGUUCCGCGUCCAAACGAACACUUUCGAAGGACAAAAGACGACAUGUUCAUCUUUAGAAUGAACCCAGAUCCACACCCGGGUGCAGAACUAGAGGAAUCCAUUAUAACAUCCAUGCUGAGGACAGCCAAAGAAAAUUUUCGAUCCAGGAGCUCAUCCUCUCCAACCCCUUCCAGCAAUGCGGAAUAUGCCGAAUCGGAUACUAGCGACGAAACUUCUUACGCAGAUGAACAGUCAGCAAGCGACAUUGCAAGGAUCAUCCAUAAUGACAGAGCUCUUCUGCGCGCAGUUCUGAAAGACAACCCCUCCGUAUCUGGAUCAAGUACUUCCGGCUCGGAUACUGAUGAUGAUUCCAGUACAGAGAUACGGCUGAGGAAAAACUCAGAGUAUAUUACCGUGCCCCAACGUCCAGUCGUCCAAGCGGAUGAUGAUAUUUCACGACACCAGUUGCGGCCACUCGCUCGAAAUAUAAUUGCCCAAGUUGAAGAACUUCUCGUGGGAAUUCACUAUGCACAGGAAGAUUCAGACGUGCCAGAAAAUAGUUCAAACAGUGAAAAUGAUUCUGAUAGUGAGAGCCUAGCCUCGAGGUCCUCAUUGCCUAUGGGGAUGGGCACAUCCAGGUCGAGCCGGGCCAGCUCGGAAGGUGAAGUAGGAACUGAUACCGAAAGCUUGUCGUCUUCAAUAACCAGAAACACAACGCGGUACCCUGAUAGAGACCGCUCUAGGGGAAGGAAGCGCGCACGGCAAUCGUCAUCAUCACCUACUGCCAAGUCGCGCAGUUCCCGGUUCUCCAGUGACCGUACGUCAACUGCCGCAGGCUCACGCUCCGUUUCCGCCGACAGCAAUUCGGGUCCGCGUCUUUUUGACUGGAAAGACAUGUUAGCCAUUGCGUCUCGAGUAGGCUUACCACCCGCUGUCAUCAUGCGCACUACCCAGAGAUGCGUUGCGCUAUUCGACGAGGCCGCUACGCCCGAACUUGCCGAUGAAAAUGUGGCCGAAAGGAAAUCGAAAUUUCCGGGAAAGAAUUCAGACGCAAAUGAAUGGCCAUGCUCUCUUUCCGCUUCAGGAGAAAAUGUGCCGCAUGCUCAACCGUUAUCUAAGCCUGUUGAUGACGGGAACAUGGCGCAUGAUUCCAUUGCUCUUGCUCGUGGUCGCUUUGUUUGUCCCAUAAAAACCUGCGCUCGAUCGAAACAUGGGUUUUUACGACAGUGGAAUCUCAACCAGCACAUGAAAACCAUGCACCCAGGAAGAGUAUCUAAGAACUAGCAAUGACAGAUAGAGUACUCUGUACCUAGGGUAAAUAAUGAUAUCUCGUAAUGAAAAGAACUUCUGGUGUAC